CGGUUGGGGCACAAUAUUUCGUAAUAACGAGCUACUUCUCAACAUUCGGACCACUAUAUAAAGUCUAAAUCGAGCUACAGCCAGCAUCAGUCAUUCACCAGACAUAAACACAGCAAUGGCAUUUAAAAUUAUUAUUUUGACCACAUUGGUGGCGAUCGCAAGAGCGGGACUAAUCCCAGCAACUCCAGUUGCUUAUCAUGCACAACCAGCGGCGUAUGCUUAUCAUGCACAACCAGCAGCAUAUGCUUACCAUGCGCAGCCAGCAACAGUUUCUUACCACGCACAGCCAGCAACAGUUUCUUACCACGCACAACCAGCAACAGUUUCAUACCAUGCACAGCCAGCAGCAGUAGCUUACCAUGCACAGCCAGCAACAGUUGCCUACCAUGCACAACCAGCUGUAGCUUACCAUGCACAACCAGCCGUUGCUUACCAUACACAGCCAGCUCUGGUUGCCCACAAAGCAAUAAACGCCGAAGAUGAUGCCCACCCACAAUACAGCUUCAACUACGACGUCCAAGACUCAACAACCGGUGACUUCAAGAGCCAACAUGAAACCCGUGAUGGUGACUCUGUCCACGGCAGCUACUCACUCCUUGAAUCCGACGGAACCCGCAGAACUGUUGACUACACUGCUGAUGACAUCAACGGAUUCAACGCCGUCGUCCGUAAAGAACCUGGUCAAGUUGCUGUCAAAGCUGUUCAUGCUGCACCAGUAGUUCAUGCUGCCCCCGUUGUUCAUGCUGCCCCCAUAUACGAACAACCACAACUGUACCACUCUGCCCCUGCUUACGGUUACCAUCAUUAAAUGCCAUUCGUAGAUUAAUAUUAUUUUUA